ACUCCUUUGAGCCACAGGCGCCACCCAAAAUAUUCUUAGUAAUGGACUCAGGACAGAACGAAUUGUCCACACUGGAGCUCCAAGUUUCUAUGUGCUGGAGUCUCAGAUGAUCACAGCAACUUAAGCAUAUUUUCAUAGAUAAAUCAUGGAAAGGUUUAAUGAAGAUUACUUUCCUUUGCUUAUUAUCAUUACUUUGCUUACGAUGGAGCAGGCAGAAACUAUCUUCCUUGACUUUCUUGAGUUCUUCCCGUCGCUGCUUGGGUCGGGGGGAGUGCUGGCUUGGAUGAUAUCACGCUAGCGUGACGUCAGGCCCUCUGACGUCAGAAGGUGGUUGCCACGGGGACCGUUCGCCACUGACGGCAGAGUCGUGAAACCCCAUCACCACCACACUCCGCGUCUCCGUUUCGGCCUCUGCAGGGUCUAAGCUGCUAAAGAAUCUUUAACCUUAAGGGGGCCUCAGGGAGGAACGAGUUGCGUUGCUGCUGCCGGGAGCUCCACCUCCGUGGCUCUGGGUCCGGGUCCCCGGCCUGUGCGGCGAGCGGCGGCCGCUGGAGGGAGACGGCGGCAGCGGCGGCAGGCGGCGGCCUGCCCGGGUCUCCUUAGCUCCGUGCAGGGCCCGGAGAGGGGAAUCCGCCAUAUUGGAGCCGGAGCCUAAGGUGCCUGGGAGCCGCGGCGCGAGGCGGGUGGAGGUGGCGGCCCUGACCUGGUUCUGGGAGGAGUCGCCUCUGCCUGGGCCCGCAAGGCUGGGGAGUGAAUGAGCCACUUCAGCUAGUCACCUCCCCAUCCACUCCCUCCACUUUCUGCCGCCUGAAUCCGACCGGGGCUGGCGGCGGCCGCCACAGCGGCAGGAUGUUCUCCAAGAAGCCGCACGGGGACGUGAAGAAGUCUACCCAGAAGGUGCUAGACACCAAGAAGGACGCGCUGACUCGCCUCAAACACCUGCGCAUCGUCAUCGAGAAUGCAGAAUCUAUUGAUCUUAAACAGUUUUUUGACCAACAUUUUUCACAUAUAUACUAUGUGUUCUUUGAAAAUUUUGUGACUAUUGAAGCCAGUCUUAAACAGAAAGGUCACAAGUCUCAAAGGGAAGAAUUGGACGCUAUACUUUUUAUAUUUGAGAAAAUUUUACAACUUCUUCCAGAAAGAAUUCAUCAGCGAUGGCAGUUUCAUAGUAUUGGGUUGAUUUUAAAGAAACUACUCCACACAGGAAACUCUUUAAAGAUUAGGCGGGAAGGUGUUCGUCUUUUCUUAUUAUGGUUGCAAGCUCUUCAGAAUAACUGCAGCAAAGAACAACUCUGGAUGUUUUCAUGCUUAAUCCCUGGAUUUGCAGCACCACAAUCUGAACACGGACCUCGGACUUUAGAUAAUCUCAUUAAUCCACCACUCAGCCUUCAGGAAACUCAAGUCACUAUAGAGGAAAUCACUCCUCUUGUCCCCCCACAAUCAGGAGAUAAAGGACAAGAAGAUCUCACAAGCUAUUUUCUUGAAGCACUUUUAAAGUACAUAGUAAUUCAGGUAAAAAGUUUAGAAUGGAAGAACAAAGAAAACCAAGAAAGGGGAUUUUCAUUUUUGUUUUCACAUUUCAAAAAAUAUUACUUGCCUUACAUUUUCCCGAACAUCUGUAAGGAGAACAGUUUAUAUCAUCCUAUACUUGAUAUCCCACAGAUGAGACCAAAGCCACAUUAUGUCAUGGUAAAGAAAGAUGCGGAAACCAAUGAAGCAGUCUAUUGUACUAAGGAGCCUUUUAUUAAGGCUCGUGUUAUUGUCAUUCGUUGGCUAGUUUCGUUCUGGCUGGAGCCAAAACCACAUACAGGACCUCAUAUUCCUGGAAUGGAAGGUGAAGUCUUGCCAAAGAAUAUUCAGAGGGCAGCUGCUAGUUUGGUAUCCAGAGAAGAAAACAAAAAUGAUAAUGCUGAUAAAGCAGACAGAACUACAGAACCAGAACAGUCUCAUUCCAAUACAAGCACUCUCACGGAGCGAGAACCUAGCUCAUCUAGUCUCUGUAGUAUUGAUGAGGAACAUCUCACAGACAUUGAAAUAGUUCGCAGAGUUUUUUCUUCUAAAAGAAGUAAUGUAAAUUUUGUCACAGAGAUAUUUCGUCAGGCAUUUUUAUUACCAAUUUGUGAAGCAGCAGCAAUGAGAAAAGUAGUAAAAGUCUAUCAAGAAUGGAUCCAGCAAGAGGAAAAGCCUUUGUUUAUGCAAGAGCCUGAAGAAAUUGUGCUCACUUCUUCAGACCUCCCAUGUAUUGAAAGUGUCACAGAACAUGAUAUUUCAGUGGAAGAAGGAGAGAAAAGAGAAGAGGAAAAUGGGACCAAUAUUGCUGAUUAUGUUCGAAAUUCCAGUUGGGCAAAAAAUGGCUCCUACCAAGAUGCUCUUCAUGAUGCCUCUGAAGAAGCCACAGAACAAAACAUACGAGCUGGUACCCAGGCAGUUUUGCAGGUGUUUAUUAUAAACUCAUCAAACAUAUUUCUUCUUGAGCCUGCAAAUGAAAUAAAAAAUCUCCUGGAUGAACACACAGAUAUGUGUAAACGCAUUCUCAACAUCUAUCGGCACAUGGUUGUGCAAGUAUCAAUGGACAAAAAGACUUGGGAACAGAUGCUGCUUGUGUUGCUCAGAGUCACAGAGUCUGUACUGAAGAUGCCAUCACAAGCUUUUCUACAAUUCCAGGGGAAAAAAAAUAUGACUUUGGCAGGUCGACUUGCAGGACCACUUUUUCAGACACUUAUAGUUGCCUGGAUCAAAGCAAAUCUAAAUGUGUACAUCUCCCGAGAACUUUGGGAUGACUUAUUGUCAGUAUUGUCAUCAUUGACCUAUUGGGAAGAGUUGGCCACGGAGUGGUCACUGACAAUGGAGACAUUAACUAAAGUAUUGGCUAGGAAUUUAUAUAGUUUGGAUCUCAGUGAUUUACCUUUGGAUAAACUAAGUGAACAGAAGCAAAAAAAGCAUAAAGGGAAAGGAGUUGGACAUGAAUUUCAGAAAGUUUCAGUUGAUAAGUCGUUUUCCAGAGGAUGGAGUCGUGAUCAGCCUGGCCAAGCCCCAAUGAGACAGAGAAGUGCAACAACCACUGGUUCCCCAGGAACUGAAAAGGCAAGGAGUAUAGUACGGCAAAAAACUGUUGCCAUGAGAAGCCGAUCCAUUGGUGAAUGUGCUCUGCCAUCGGCCUAUAUACGCAGUGCUAAAAGUGCUCCUGUUCUGAUCCAUACUUCCAAACCCUUCUUGCCUGAUAUUGUUCUCACUCCCCUUUCUGAUGAGCUUUCAGAUAUUGAUGAUGCUCAAAUACUUCCCCGCUCAACUAGAGUCAGACAUUUUUCACAAAGUGAAGACACUGGAAAUGAAGUCUUUGGUGCUUUGAAUGAGGAGCAGCCAUUGCCUCGAAGUAGCAGUACUUCUGACAUCUUGGAACCAUUCACUGUAGAACGAGCCAAAGGUGCAGUUCCUGUCAUUGACAGUUCAUCCCGUCAUGCACCAAGCUUGCAGAGUUCCACAGAGGCUUCUUCAAUAACUAGAUCCACUGAAAGCUACAUCACUGAUACUCAUAGUAGAGAGUCUUCUCUGGAAGUUGGUGAUAGCAUAUAUGACCAUCUUUGUCAUUUAAUAGGUCCGGUAGAACUUGCAGAUUCAGCUUUUGAUGAACAUAUCCAAUACAUUGACCUUGAAGGAGAUGACGAUCUUCUUUCUUCCCUGAGAGAAUAUUUUAAGGAAAACCAGGAAAAUCAGAGUAAAAAUGAGAUGAGUAAAGAUGCAGCUUCUCAGGAAGUGAUUAUUGCAGUAAAUAGGGAUGAAAGAUUAUCCUUAGAUAAGUUAGAAUAUAUAGAUCAGGAAAUUAAAUCAGAAAGUAUCACCUCUUUUGUUGGGACUUCUGAAAACACACAGUUUCAAAAGGAACCAAACUCAGCUGUCUUCAUAGGUAAUGUUGCACCUAACCAAUCAGACAGUUUUAUUAGAACACAAACUUCUGAAAAAUAUAAGCAACUAAACAGUGAGAAACAGUCAUUGGAGCCUAGUUCAGAUACCUCUUGUGAUAAAGAAAAAAGGAAAAAUCUGUAUAGACAAACUGCUACAGAAUUAGAUGCUUGUGUAGAUGUAACACUAGUUGAAAAGCUUAAGGGUGUGCAAAUUAAUGAAAAAAUCACUGUUCCACAUGUUAUGCGUGCCAAGAAAACAACAUUAAAAGCACCUGUUAAUCGCAGAAUGCCUCAUGUUACAAAUACCAGCAAGCUUUCUCCAACUAAAAGGAGUUUGUCUGAAACAGUAACUCAUAGAGCCAAAAUCAUGAAAAUUGCCACUAAAAAACGAAAUAGUGUUCAUGUUACUUUUAGACCAUCCACUGAGUCAGUCCAAUUUUAUAAUCCUCUGGAAAACAAAGAGGCUCCAUGGAAGAUGAGACUACGGAAACUCAGUGGCUUUAGUAGUAGUAGCAACAGCAGCACCAGCAACAUUCACACCAGCUCAGAUAGUGGUUCAGAGCUAGUAAAACCUGGUGUGUACAGGCCACUAGAUACAGUUAGCACAGCAUCAGUAAGUAGUAGAACAGUGAAGGAAUCCACUGAGAUUCCCAGCACUGUAUUACAAAAAGAAGGAAUUGUAAAUAAUCAGUUAGGUAGUCGUAGUACUCUUAGGUCAUCAAAUCAUGAGGCAGGACUACAGCAGGGCUCCCUGGGUGGCGUUUAUAAAUCUGUUGUACAUGCUCUUUCGAAGCCGAAGGCAAAUGUUUCCCCACAGAGGCAGAACAGAAUGCCACCAGAGGCUCCACUGAGGGAUCUGUACAGUCAUGUAAUGGGCUAUUUUGGAAGGAAAGCUGCAGUCAAUAAAGAGGACAUGAGCCCAAAACUGCCUCCUCUUAAUAGUGAUAUUGGCAGCAGCAAUGCUAAUGUUCCUGAUCUGAUGGAUGAAUUUAUAGCGGAACGACUUCGAAGUGGUAAUGCUUCAACUAUGACAAGAAGAGGUAGUAGUCCAGGCAGCCUUGAAAUUCCCAAAGACCUCCCUGAUAUUCUAAACAAGCAGAACCAGAUGCGCCCUAUUGAUGACCCAGGUGUGCCCUCGGAAUGGACUUCUCCCGCCAGCGCAGGGAGCAGUGAUCUUAUCAGCUCAGAUAGUCAUUCGGAUUCUUUCAGCGCUUUCCAAUAUGAUGGCCGAAAAUUUGACAAUUUUGGCUUUGGAGCUGACACUGGGAUUAUAGCUUCUGCUGAUGUGGAUUCAGGUUCUGGCCAUCAUCAGAGUGCUGAGGAGCAGGAAGUGGCUAGUCUAACCACUCUUCAUAUAGACUCUGAAACAAGCAGUCUCAAUCAACAGGCUUUCUCUGCUGAAGUCGCAACAGUUACUGGUUCAGAAAGUGCUUCCACAGUCCACUCACCUCUGGGAUCCAGGUCACAGACACCUUCACCUUCUACACUGAACAUAGAUCAUAUGGAACAGAAGGAUCUACAGCUUGAUGAGAAGCUUCACCACUCUGUUCUUCAGACACCAGAUGAUCUAGAAAUCAGUGAAUUUCCAUCUGAAUGUUGUAGUGUGAUGGCAGGGGGUACUCUUACUGGAUGGCAUGCUGAUGUUGCUACUGUAAUGUGGCGAAGAAUGCUAGGCAUUUUGGGAGAUGUCAAUGCAAUUAUGGAUCCUGAAAUACAUGCUCAAGUUUUUGAUUACCUCUGUGAACUUUGGCAGAAUCUAGCUAAGAUCAGAGAUAACCUUGGCAUUUCAACUGAUAACCUGACCUCCCCUUCUCCACCUGUUUUGAUUCCUCCACUGAGAAUUCUUACACCUUGGCUUUUUAAGGCAACCAUGUUGACUGAUAAAUAUAAACAAGGUAAAUUACAUGCUUAUAAACUUAUUUGUAAUACAAUGAAAAGAAGACAAGAUGUAUCUCCAAAUAGAGAUUUUCUAACACAUUUCUACAAUAUAAUGCAUUGUGGAUUACUUCAUAUUGAUCAGGAUAUCGUCAAUACAAUCAUCAAACACUGCUCACCUCAGUUUUUUUCACUUGGUUUGCCUGGAGCCACAAUGCUUAUUAUGGAUUUUAUUGUAGCAGCUGGUAGAGUGGCUUCUUCAGCUUUUCUCAAUGCACCGAGAGUGGAAGCACAGGUUCUUCUGGGAUCUUUGGUUUGCUUUCCCAACUUAUAUUGUGAACUGCCUUCUCUCCAUCCCAACAUUCCUGACAUUACUGUAUCUCAGUUUACAGAUGUUAAGGAACUUAUAAUCAAAACCGUAUUAAGCUCAGCAAGAGAUGAGCCCUCUGGUCCUGCACGAUGUGUAGCACUUUGCAGUUUAGGUAUUUGGAUUUGUGAAGAACUAGUCCAUGAAUCUCAUCACCCUCAAAUUAAGGAAGCUUUGAAUGUAAUUUGUGUUUCCUUAAAGUUUACUAAUAAAACAGUCGCUCAUGUAGCUUGUAACAUGCUUCACAUGCUGGUUCAUUAUGUACCUAGACUUCAGAGUUACCAGCCUGAUUCUCCCUUAAAAAUUAUUCAAAUCCUAAUAGCCACUAUCACCCAUCUUUUGCCAAGUACAGAAGCGUCAUCUUAUGAAAUGGACAAGAGGUUGGUGGUAUCUUUACUUCUCUGCCUUUUGGACUGGAUCAUGGCCUUACCUCUAAAGACACUGCUCCAACCAGUUCAUGCUACAGGAGCAGAAAAUGAUAAAACAGAAAAAUCUGUCCUCAAUUGCAUCUAUAAGGUUUUACAUGGGUGUGUUUAUGGAGCUCAGUGUUUUAGCAACCCAAGGUAUUUUCCAAUAAGCCUUUCUGAUUUGGCCUCUGUAGAUUAUGAUCCUUUUAUGCAUUUGGAAAGUCUAAAAGAGCCUGAACCUCUACACUCUCCUGAUUCAGAACGAUCUUCUAAACUCCAACCAGUAACAGAAGGAGGCAACAGUGUUCCCACUGGUUUGUACUUUUUAUUUCCAGUGAAAACUCAAAUGCAACAAGGAUUAAUCUCUAUAGCAGCCCGCACUGUUAUUACACAUCUGGUAAAUCACUUGGGCCAUUAUCCAAUGAGUGGUGGUCCUGCUAUGUUAACAAGUCAGGUGUGUGAAAAUCAUGACAAUCAUUACAGUGAAAGUACUGAACUUUCUCCGGAACUCUUUGAGAGUCCAAAUAUCCAGUUCUUUGUGUUAAACAAUACAACCUUAGUUUCCUGUAUCCAGAUCAGAUCCGAAGAGAAUAUGCCUGGAGGAGGUUUAUCUGCUGGCCUUGCAUCAGCCAAUUCAAACGUCAGAAUCAUAGUACGUGAUCUCUCUGGGAAAUAUUCGUGGGAUUCCGCCAUACUGUAUGGACCACCUCCUGUAAGUGGCUCGUCAGAACCUACGUCUUUCAUACUUUCAUUAUCUCACCAAGAGAAGCCAGAAGAGCCUCCACCAUCUAAUGAGUGCUUAGAAGAUAUGAUAGCAAAAGAUGGACUUGCCCUCCAGUUUAAAAGAUUUAGAGAAACCGUACCAACGUGGGAUACAAUAAGAGAUGAAGAAGAUGCUCUUGAUGAGCUAUUGCAGUAUUUGGGUGUUACUAGUCCUGAAUGCUUACAGAGAACUGGAAUCUCCCUUAAUAUUCCGGCUCCACAACCUGUAUGCAUUUCUGAAAAACAGGAAAAUGAUGUUAUUAAUGCUAUCCUUAAGCAAUAUACAGAAGAAAAAGAAUUUGUUGAGAAGCACUUUAAUGACUUAAACAUGAAAGCUGUGGAACAAGAUGAACCGACACCUCAAAAACCUCAGUCAGCAUUUUAUUACUGCAGAUUGCUGCUUAGUAUAUUGGGAAUGAAUUCCUGGGACAAACGGAGGAGUUUUCAUCUCCUGAAGAAAAAUGAAAAGCUACUUAGAGAACUUAGGAACUUGGAUUCAAGGCAGUGCCGAGAGACGCACAAGAUUGCAGUAUUUUAUGUUGCUGAAGGACAAGAGGACAAACACUCCAUUCUUACCAAUACAGGAGGAAGUCAAGCUUAUGAGGAUUUUGUCGCUGGUCUUGGUUGGGAGAUAAAUCUUACAAACCAUUGUGGUUUUAUGGGAGGAUUACAAAAAAACAAAAGUACUGGAUUGACCACUCCAUAUUUUGCUACCUCUACAGUAGAAGUAAUAUUUCAUGUAUCAACAAGAAUGCCUUCUGAUUCUGAUGAUUCUUUGACCAAAAAAUUGAGACAUUUAGGAAAUGAUGAAGUGCACAUUGUUUGGUCAGAGCAUACUAGAGACUACAGGAGAGGAAUUAUUCCUACAGAAUUUGGUGAUGUCCUUAUUGUAAUAUAUCCAAUGAAAAAUCACAUGUUCAGUAUCCAGAUAAUGAAAAAACCAGAGGUUCCCUUCUUUGGUCCACUUUUUGAUGGUGCAAUUGUGAAUGGAAAGGUUCUACCCCUCAUGGUUAGAGCAACAGCUAUAAAUGCAAGUCGUGCUCUGAAAUCACUGAUUCCGUUGUAUCAAAACUUCUAUGAGGAGCGAGCACGAUACCUGCAAACAAUCGUCCAGCACCAUUUGGAGCCAACAACCUUUGAAGACUUUGCAGCGCAGCUUUUUUCUCCAGCCCCCUACCAUUAUUUACCAUCUGAUGCCGGCUGCCACCCAGAGAUUCUACCCAGUGAAACUCCCACAGCAACGCAGGUAGAUGGGGCUGACCUGGCCUCUCCAAUGUCUCCUCGAACUAGCAAAAGCCGUAUGUCCAUGAAGCUGCGUCGUUCCUCUGGCUCAGCCAAUAAAUCCUAAGGAGACCAGCAGCCCAACAGCAGUGAUCAGCAGCACCACCAUAGCACGAACCUAGGCUUAACCUUUCCGGCCUUCGUGUCUGCCAUAACACGCAUGUUUCUUGUACAUUUAUUUGAGAAAACACUGGAUUUAAGUAAUUUGUAGCAUAGUAUUUUAGAUUUGGGUUAUUUAUUCAGUUUGUUUUUAUCCCCAUACUCCAAGCUGCCAUGUUUUAAGAGGGUGAAGUUUUAUUCUGCACCGUCUACCUUCCUAUGUAAUUAUGUCUAAGUAGUUUUACCUUUAAUUUCAUGAUUAACUUUGAGCCCAAAAAAAUAAUUGGACAGAUAGUCUCAUUGUUCUAUUUAUCGUGCCCCAUUGCUACUUUAUGGCUCAAUAAAUAAUUUUUUUUACAAAUAUAAAAAUUUAAACUUAAGCAUUUGUAAAGUUAUAGCAAAAAGUUACAAAUCUGUCAAUACACAGGAUGUGUACAGAUUAUUUAUGUUAUGAAAAUAAAACACUUAAAAUAAAUGGUCGUUUAGCAUCUUAAAUUCUAACUGUAAUAAUUUUAGCAUUAACUUUUUCUUCCCAAAGCAACAUCUUAUCUCUUGGCUGUAUAGGUGAUGCCAUUAUAUCUAAUAACUAGAAAAAUCAUUGUGCUGAACUUGAUUAUGUUUAGCUUUCAAAUAUUUUUCUAUUGUUUUGUUUUGUAGAAAGUAUCACUGUUAAAUGCCAUUUCUGUUUUGAGAUUGAGGCCCUUUAUUAUCGGCUGCUAGAUCCUGGUGUAUCUAUGUGCUUUCUUGAGUACCCAAAAGGAGGGAAAGAAAAGAAGAAAAAAACUUUUCAUGUAUAACUAUGUUGCUCAAAUUAUUUAUAUUAUUGAAAAAGGAAAGGGAACAUGACCCAUGAGUCUUAAGUUAAAUCUAAUACUGUUAAUACUCAACUUGCAGGUGUAGGUUGAUACACAUUCCACACUCCAGAAAUAUUUUCCUAUAGUAGAUAAGCUGCUCACGUUUUGUUUUGAAUGGGCAUCUCCUAAGGAAAUGUAGCAUGACAUCGGUACUAACUGCAUGUGUAAAUACAUCAUACUGGCAAACCAUAAAAUAUAAAUUAUGUAUCAUCAUUCAUGUAGUAUCUACAAAUUUGUAACAGUGGGAAAAAAAGACAUAACAUUUAAUAAAAAUAAAAUAUUCUUGUCACUUCCU